GAUAAUGUCAAAGCAAUGUUCUUAGGUCAAAGUUCCUAAUUAUAUAUUAAAUAGUUCAUGUUAUUGCGAAAAGAGUAUAUUAUUCAUAAUAGUUUGGAAUAAUAAUCAUUUUAUACUUUUGUUAAGAAAUUUAAUGACUUUGCCGUUUGGCAAGAGACGUGGAUUUGAUUGCGUUUGGGAAUCGAGAAAAUGGAGACUAAUGAUGAGGUUGUAGAAAGACAAAAACUAGUGCCCAACGACAUUGAAGGCGAGGAGGAUCAUAACCAUACGGCUGUAUCACAAUCAGCUCCUAUAUCUGCACCUAACCCCGUGUCUCCAACAGUGCCAAAAAUUAAUAUAAAAAACAUGUCCAGUGGUGACACAACGCGUAGUAGAAACUCAGCCAGUUGCUCUAUAGAGAGAACUUCAGAAAAAGGUCAGCUAACUUCUGCUAAAGUAACUUACGUAAAUGAGCGUCGUCCACGCCCGCAUCUACAUGGAAAUACCAUCACGGGUGGAGGUAUUAAUGAUGAUCUCGUUAAAUCGCGACCGCGCAAGUUACUCAAAGACGCUGAUGAAAUCUGCAGCAACGAACACAAUAUCAACAGCAUCAGGGUAAUCAGCAGCGAAGUGUACUGUAAUAACAACGAUUUUGUUAUCAACAACAGAAUUACUGACAAACAAAAUAUUGAUAGCUCAGAUAAUAAAAGCAAAUCGCGCCUGCUACAUGGAAAAGCGGGUAGUAUUGAUCCUUCUAAUUUGCUCAACACUAGCCAUGGCGACAGUGGCUCGAACUUCGACAAAUUUGAUGAGCGUCUUAUUAAACAUCACUCAUUUGUCUCAGAAGUACCGGACGUAAAGCACAUGGAGCGAGCACUUUUAGGUCUUCUUGACGAUUUCCAUUCCGGCAAACUGAAGGCAUUUGGGUCCGGAUGCACUAUGGAACAAAUGACCAAAAUACGUGAACAACAAGAGAGCUUGGCUAAAUUACAUUUUGAACUGGCCGCUGCUGAGGAAGACUCAUUAGAGAAUGUAAACGAUUUUAAUGCAGUAAAGGCGCAGGAAAAUAUGUUGCAAUUGGUCCAACGCUUAGAACAGUUAUCAAUUUCAAUUGAACAGUUGCAAACAAGUCAUACAGGACUAUGAAAGAUAGUUUAGCCUACAUCAGAACAUCUAGGCGGUUCCGAAAAAUUUUAAAUAUAAUAUAUUUUUAUUUACAAAACAAAA